UAUGUGUGCUAUGUGUUGAGAUCGUUUAGAUGAAACGUUUGUUUUGAAAAAGGUUGAUCGGAAGUCAUGGUCUGGAUAAAGAACAUUGUAUGUUUUUUUAGAAAGAGCCUGUAAGUACAGUGUCAACGCAACGGUUGAGAUAACAGUACAUAACUGGGCGGGUUUCAGAUAAUAGCUAAUUAAAAGAUACCGUCGAUCGACUAGAACUGCCUGCGAAGUUGAGCCGAAGAGAAAAGGAUCCUGGAUUUGAGAGCACUCAUCGAGAGCAGCCGUUCAUAUCUGUGAAUAUGAAUCCCGAGGAGCAUGACUCCUCCACGGCUGGGCUUGUCUCAGUCUCGCCGCUUCUGCCUCACGUCAAGCGGCUGGAAAAAUGAGCGUCGCCGGGCUUCCUGGAGCAGGGCUUCCCCAUGGGUCUUGAUAUGAAAUAUCAGAUGUUCCUCUGGCUCUGUCUGCUCAGCCUGAGCCUCCCUCUGUUGUUUUGGUUUGGACACGUGAUCACACGGGACGGCGUGUCGCCGGCUCUGCAAAGCAACGGGCUGAGGGGCUACAUGAGGAUCACCCCCGGCAGGAUGGACCAGUUCCUUUACAUGCACUGCAGCCAGUGUGCCUUGGUGUCCAGCUCAGGCCAGAUGCUCGGAGCUGGCGUUGGAGAAGAGAUAGACAAUGUCAGAUGCGUGAUCCGGAUGAACAAUGCGCCCACGCAGGGGUAUGAGAAAGACGUCGGAAACCGCACCAGCGUUCGGGUCGUCUCUCACACCAGUGUUCCCUUGUUGGUAAAAAAUGAGCGCUACUAUUUCCAGCGAUCCGCAGACACCACAUAUGUGUUCUGGGGUCCUGAGAGGAACAUGAGGCAAGACGGGAAAGGACACAUCUUCAAUACUCUCCUGAAAAUAGCAGGGAAGUACCCAAAAGUCAGAAUCUACGCCGUGACCACAGAGAAGAUUCUGUACUGCGAUGGUGUGUUUCAGAAUGAAACUGGAAAAAACAGAAUAAAGACGGGGGCGUUCCUCAGCACUGGAUUCUUCACCAUGAUUCUGGCUAUCGACAUGUGUGACAGCAUCCGUGUUUAUGGAAUGAUCGACGACAACUACUGCAGUCGAGCCAAUCACAGUGUCGUUCCUUACCACUACUACGAGAGGAACCGAAUCGACGAGUGCCGGAUGUACAGGUUCCACGAGCACACGCAGCGCGGGGGCCAUCGCUUCAUCACCGAGAAGGCCAUCUAUGCCAAAUGGGCAACACGCCACAACGUGGAGUUUAAACACCCCUCUUGGAGCCUCUAAAGAAGGAUGCGUUACACCCAGAAGAUGCUGAAUGUGGUAUUACUUUUUUUCCCCCCUGUCUUUUAGUCUUCUUUGCUGAAGUUUUUUGACCGUUUUUAUACAUGAAUUAAAUGUUAUUUGACGCUGUGCAUAGUGGAUAAAAUAAUCCGCACCUAUAAAUAUAAAAUAAUGCUUUAAAUGUACCAGAUGGUCACAGGUGGUAAACUACCACUGUCAGUAUUACUGGACACUUGGCGUUAUGUAUAGCCAUAUGUAAUAAUAAUAAUACUUUGAAUUUAUAUAGCGCUUUUCUAGACACUUUUUUCUAGUCACAUAAACUAAAACCAGUUUAUACCAAAGCUUACAAUUUACUUUUCUUUUUACCCGUGCUGUGCCUUGUCUUUUUUUGCACAAUAAAACAUAUAAUUAAUAACAACUUGAGGGCCUGCAGCUACAAUAUGCAACCUGUGUUGAAGGCUGCAACUAACAAUUACCAACUGACAUUUAAAUUCUCAAUUACUCAGUCCAUCAUUUGUUCUACAAAUUGUCAGAAAGUAUUAUUAAAAAUGUUUUAAAAAAGGCCACUGCAGCGUCCAGAAUUAGAUUUGAUGUAUUUAAAUCACUUUUUUUGUUCAACCAUUUGUCCAAAAAGUUAUUAAAUGAACACUCUUGGAAGACUAAGAAAACCAGCAAAUAAUCAAAUUUUUCUUUGUGCAUUUUUGAGGACACAAGGAAGUGAGAUGGCAUAGAUAUACCAACCACAGAGAAGACAGUAUUAAACAUAACUGAGGUCGACAGACCAUAAUGCUCUGGUAUACAGCCCAUGGCUUUAUCGGUGGCCAACAAACCAGUAUUAAAACCAAUGAGCGUGAUGGGAGCCCCCCCACCCCCCCCCCCCCCC